GCGGGCCCGGCAGCGGCCGCCUGGCAGUGAACAUUCCUGCGGGGCGGCCCGGAUGAUCCCGGCGCUGUUUACUUUCGGGCCGGGGAACAGGGGGAAAGCCUCUGGCCCCGCCCCCUUAGAGCUGAUUGGCUGAUCCUCUGUGGGCGCCGAGGGAGCUGCCCGCUCCUAUUGGCUCGCCGCGGGUCUGCCCUCUCCCUCCUCUCCGCCGGAGCGUCGGCGUUGCCCGCCUUCGCGCUCCGCCGCCGUUGAGAAAUUUGUCCCUCUCCGCGCGCCGUUGUCGGUAACGCGGGGUUACCGGCCUGGUUACGCGUUCCCCGCGGCCUCAGGAGACCUCGGCUGCGGCCCAAUGGGCGGCUUCGCUUGAACGGGGCGCCGCGCACGUGACCGCGGGGGUGCUGCGUCGGGACGCUGCGCGGCGCCGCCGGUGCCUCCUCCUUCGCCUCAGCGCUCCUCCCGUUCCGCCGCGGCCCUCUCGUCGCCCGGGGCAACGUUGUUCCCGCCGGCAGAGGUGGGGACGGGCUGCGCGGCCUCGUCGCGUCGCCCCUCCGCCGAGCGGCCGGUGAGUGGCGUCGGGCGAGGGGGCAAGCCGCUGUCCGUGGUGUGAAGCGGACGGUUGUGCGGCUCGGCGUGGCGUGGCCUGGCCCGGUCGGGGCCUGGUUUUCCAGGAGUGCUGCGAGGGCCCGCGGUGCCCCGGGAGAGGAGCGAGGAUGGCAGCGUGGGGUCAGCGAUGGGGCCUUGGGCGGCCCCACGAUGCGUGACAAGACAACAUCUGGGCCUUUGCAGUCCCUCUUCCAGUCAUCGUGUGUUGUUUUGGCCUGUCCGCAUCAUUUUUGGAAGCUUUUGUGGCUCUGGAUGGCUGAGGAGGGAUGUUCAGUCUAAUGGCCACUUGCUGCAGCUGGUUAAAACGGUGGCAGGAACCUGUCAGGAAGGUGACACUAAUAAUGGUGGGUCUCGAUAAUGCUGGUAAAACUGCUACAGUUCGAGGAAUUCAAGGAGAGUCUCCUGAAGACGUGGCUCCGACAGUUGGCUUUUCCAAGAUUAACCUGAAACAGGGACGCUUUGAAGUCACCAUCUUUGAUUUAGGAGGUGGAAAACGAAUUAGAAAUAUCUGGAGAAAUUACUACGCAGAAUCCUAUGGUGUAAUAUUUGUCGUGGAUUCCAGUGACAUUGAAAGAAUGGAAGAAACAAAGCAAGCCAUGAUAGAAGUUUUAAACAGCCCUAAGAUAUCAGGAAAACCUGUGUUAGUGCUGGCAAAUAAGCAGGACAGAGAAGGAGCUCUGUCUGAAGCAGAUGUAAUCGAAUCCUUAUCUCUGGAAAAGCUUGUCAAUGAACACAAGUGUCUAUGUCAGAUUGAACCUUGCUCAGCUGUCAUGGGCUGUGGGAAGAAAAUAGAUAAAUCAAUAAAAAAUGGCCUAUAUUGGCUUCUACAUACCAUAGCAAAAGAUUUUGAUGCCUUAAAUGAGCGCAUUCAAAGAGAUACAUCAGAACAAAAAGCAUAUGAAGAACAAAAGAAACUAGAACGAGCUGAGCGAGUGAGAAGGAUACGAGAAGAAAGGGAAAGAGAAGAAGGAAGAACUGCAGCUGAUGAGGAAGACCCAGAGCCUGGGAACUGUGAAAACCCCUUCCAGCCUAUAUCAACUGUGAUCUCUGAGAAUGAAAAACAAAUUGAAAAGGAAAAGAAGCGGCAAAGGCUGGAGACUGAAAAGACUACGAUUGUCUUGAAAUCUCAAACAAAGCAGGAACAAAUGGAUGCUCAGCACUUAUCAAGUAGCAGUAGUCAAAAUACAAAUGACAGUAGGCUUGAAAUGUGCAGUUCUGCAACAACACAACUUUUGCAGCAUGAAGAGAAUGAGCAGCAAGCCUCAGAAUGCUUUGACUCAGAUAACAGUAAGAAAAAAAGUAAAAAACCAAAAUUGAAAAGGGGCCACAGAGUAGAGCCUGUGAAUUCAGAUGACAUUAUUCCCAAAAAUCCUACACCACCACCAGCUCUUCCACCAGUUGGCUGGGGAACUCCUAAACUUAAUAGACUUCGAAAACUUGAGCCUCUUGGUGAAACACAUCAAGCUGAUUUCUAUGGGAAGCCUCUGCCCCCGCUGAUUGUACGCCAAAGACCUAACAGUGAUACCCAUGAUGUCAUCGCUUAACUGGAUCACAAAUACCAUUAAAAAACAUCAUAUAAAAAAAUUAUCAGGAACAUCUUUUGCCCUUGGUGGAAAUUUUAAAAAUUACAGUCUAUUGGCUUGUUGCAAACUUAAGUUUGUGACAAUUAAGCGUGGAGUUUAUUCUCUCAUACGUAGUUGAUCAGACUGUCAUUUACUUUUCAUAUCACCAGCGGUUCUUCAGGAUUUAGCAAGAAUUCAAGAAAGGUCUCUGUGUCCCUGGAUGCUCAUGUGAACACAGCAUUGAAUGUUUAUUUGGUUGAUUUGUGAAAAAUACAUGGCUUUUAACCUGAAGAAAAAUAUCAUCAGCGUCACAUAAUAAUGGAUUGUAUGUUCUCAUCAAGACCUUUCUCCAGGUGCCGCAUGGUGGUUGGUAUUUUUGCAGCCCAUAAAUGGUUCUGAAGCAUUGUGUAAGUAAAAAUGGGAAGGUUAUGCAACAAAUCUUGAAUAUAUUUUUCUAACUUUUUAAAAAAUUAUUUGAAAGUUUUAGUAGAUGUGUAGCUAAUGCCAAUAAAAAUGAUACCUAGAAAGCUUUAGAAACCAUACAAGUAGAGUAUGUUUGUCUCUUACUUUUCUCUUACAUUGAUGAUACCUGUUAUUAGGGAUGAUAUUACAGUUUAAAUAUUUUGUAUUUCUGACAAUCAGGGAAAGGGGGAAAGUUAGAAGGGAAAGUUCAAGAUUUUUUUAUAAAAAUAAUGCUAUUUGAAUUGUCUGCAAGUUUUUUUAUCUGUUUCUUUUGUUAGCUGAGUUUGGCAUAGGUAAAAAAUGCUGUUGGAAAAAUAGAGCUGAAUAUUGUAUUGUCUACUACAUCACACAUGAAAAUUGCACAUAGUAGAAGUUUUGCACUAUUUCAGUCACCAUUUCUGAUGGAAAACUGAAUCAACCAAUAUGCAUACAAGCUCCAGCACUUUUUAAUCUUGAUAAUACUAAAAUACCAUCUUGAACAAAAAAGACUACAGAUUUAUAUGGACUUAGGUAGCAUUUCCAUGUAAUGUGUUAAUUUUACAUUUUAAAAAAAACACACGCAAGUGAUAGAUAAACAGCAAGGGUUACAGGUGGAUAUAUUAAUAUUGAAAUGGUUUGUAUGUGCUGUUUCUCCACUUAUAUGGGAGACAACCAUUGGUAUAUUUUGUAAAGUUACAUAACUAUUCUACUUUGUUACAAUAUGGAUGAAACACCCAUUCAAAGAUGUUUUUUUAAGGAAGUAUUACACAAUUUUCUAUUAUGCUCUCAGUCUUCCAUAACAUGGUAUUUCUAAAAUAUUUUAGUAGAUGUUCAACCAUUGCAAUGUGUGUAUUCAGCGUUUUGACAUUAGAAUUCCUUACCAUAUACCCCUAUAAAACUAUGAGUUACAUAAAUAAACAUCUACCAUAUUAAUAAAAAUGAAAUAAUUAACAAAGAUUUGUAAUUAAAUAUGGGGGAACAGUGUUAUGAAUCUUAAGUUUGGAAUGGGUGGAAAGGGAUAUUCCUCUUUAGUUUAAGGUUGACGUUUGUAUGUGGCUGUCAGCAUGAGAAUACUUCUCUUGUAUUCUAAUAGUAUAACAUGGUUCAGUUUGAUUAUUCUCGGGAUUUAUACACUUCAAACAAACACAAUAUUUAUUGGAGGGUGAGUUACAGAAAAGUUUACUUGUGCAAUUGCAACCUUGCUAGCUUUUAGCUAUGUUACAGGGGUUUUUUUUAACUUUGAGGCUCUAAAUUUGCAGAAUUUUUUUUUUUACAGCUUCAGUUUCUAAUAAAUUUAUUACCCUUUUAUUUUAACACUAAUGUAAAAUAAAUUCAGGGAAGUCUAAUAAGACAAAGGUAAAUAUUGCUGUGGACACAAAAUUGGAGAAACUGAAAUAUACAAUGUUGAAAUGCCUGUUAUGUGUGUGUGGACAUAUGAAUCAGUUUCUGCUUUUAAAAUAAAUUUUACCAGUAUGUGACCAAAGUAAUAAAAAAUGUUUUAUACAGUU